AUGGCUUCUUCUGCAUUCAAGCGUAAGUGGAUCCCCGUACAAUGUGUCAGUGUGUUCUAUGCUAAUGAUGAGACAGGUCUUGUGCGCUUCGUUCCUAAGUCAGCGCCCUCUAGCAUCUUGAUCGGAGAGCCUGUGCAAGCUUCUCUAGAUGUCGGAUUGGCAUCUCGUGAAGGAAAAGAUAUUACUGUCAACGUCUUUUCAGGACGGUCUGUCUUGUCGCCUGGUUCCCGAACAGACCGCACUGAAUCCGUUGAACGACUCUUGUCGCCUUUAGCGCAGGAGGAGGUUGGGACUAUCCGAUGUAUCGGAUUGAACUACGUUCAGCAUGCGAAGGAGGUCAAGAUGGAUAUCCCUACAAUCCCCACGCUGUUCCUUAAGCCCAACACAGCACUUGGUGACCCGUGGCCAGCUCCAACUCUCCUCCCCAAAAUCACUCAAAACGACGGAAGCGGUGACUUUGAGUCCGAGCUGGCUGUCGUGAUUGGCAAACCAGCCAAGAACGUUUCCGAAGAGAACGCCAUGGACUACGUCCUAGGCUUUACAGCCGCAAAUGACGUCUCAAGCCGAGUCUCUCAGCUGAACCAGUCACAGUGGUGUUUCUCCAAGGGCUUUGAUGGAGCUUGCCCUAUCGGUCCAACUCUGGUGUCAACCUCGGAGAUUCCAGAUCCUUCCAAGCUUCAUAUUCGUGGCCUGAAGAAUGGCAAGGUCAUGCAAGACUGCUCACUUGAGUAUGUGCCGCCAUUUCCCCCUCUUCCAAGAGCUUAUCAGCUAACAUUGGCCAGCGACCUCAUCUUCAGUGUUCCCAAGCUGAUCAGCUUUUUAUCACAAGGCACAACCCUUCCUGCAGGCACCGUCAUUAUUACUGGUACACCAGCUGGAGUAGGCAUGGGUAGGAACCCCAAGGAGACCCUAUCCCAUGGCGAUGAGUUCAGGGUUGAGAUCCUGCCACAUAUCGGGACAUUGGUCAAUACCUUUGAGAACGAGUAG